CAUCAUCAUCGUCUUCAUCUCUCUGUUUUAAGCAUAUGAUAUAUAUUGCUUCUCUCUUCUCUUAUCUCUUCUCUCUCCGUUUCACCCCAUUAUAGAGAAUCCAGUGAAUCAACCAACAAACAGAUUUGAUCACUUCUUCCUCCUACAAAGAUCUGUGUCUUUUAAAAGAAUUGUCGAAAGAUAAAAAUAUAUUAUGGCGGAGGAACAUAGAUGCGAGACACCAGAAGGACAUCGUCUAUGUGUAAACAACUGUGGUUUCUUCGGAAGCUCAACAACGAUGAAUCUCUGUUCAAACUGUUACGGCGAUCUCUGUCUCAAACAACAACAACAAGCUUCCAUGAUAUCAACCGUCGAGUCAUCUCUCUCCCCUUCUCCUACUCCUUUGGUGAUCGCACCUGUCCUUCACGAUAACUACGCGGCAGAAUUAGAGAUCACGAUCCCGACGAAGAAGGAAGAGGAGAAGAAGCCGAUUCAAACGUCGACGGAGAGUCAGCAGCAACGGCCGAACCGGUGCACCGUGUGUAGGAAACGUGUGGGGUUAACCGGGUUUAUGUGCCGGUGCGGUACGACUUUUUGUGGGAGUCAUAGGUACCCUGAGGUUCACGGUUGCACGUACGAUUUCAAAUCUGCGGGUCGUGAGGAGAUCAAGAAAGCUAAUCCGUUGGUCGUUGCGGCGAAGCUUCAGAAGAUAUGAGAAUCGGAGGCAGCGGAGGAGGAGGAGGAGCCGUUGACCCGCGAUUUCGUAAUUUUACCUUGAGAAUGUUCUCGGUGGAUCUCAGCCGUUCAUUUAUGUUUAAAAAUACUUUUUGUAUUAUGGACACAGACGUGUCAAGCGGUUAAGGCUGAGAUGGUUUCGUCAUGAACUUUCAAUUAUUUUCUCUUUUUCUUUUUUUUUUUUCCUUACGAAAUUAAAGUUUUUAAUUAUUAUUAUUAUAAAUUGUGUGGCUUUUGCUUGUGUAAAAAGGGGGAAAAAAAAAGAAAGAAAAUAUAUAAAAUUGUGUCUCGCUCUUUUUGAGAAUUUGUUUUA